AUGGGGAAGCUAAAAAAGGGUAGAAAGAACCAGAAAGCAAGAUUGAACCCAAUCGCAUCCAAGUCGCAACAAGAUCUCAAAAAAGAUGAGUCAACUAGAACAUCAAAAAUUCAACCCCUUGUAAACAAGCUUCAUUCCACCACACCAAAUGAAAAAUCGAUGGCUUUGGGCGCAAUAACCAUACUUUCUGAAGAUGCUCGUAUGAGAAGCUUACUACUCAAAGAGAAAGUGGUGUCUGUCGUGAUGCAAACUUGUUUGAACGACUCCAACGAUGAAAUUAUCGUGGAAGCAUAUGGAUUAUUGAGAAAUUUGGGAAUCGAAGAAGGAUAUGAUGUGACGAAAUAUUUAUGGAGACAGGGAAUAUGGACAAGCAUAGAGAGUGCAUUAAACAAAAUUGACGAGUCAUUUAAAUUUUUAUUGGAAAAAGGGAAUGUCGAGAAGGAUAAAUCCAAAUUGCAACUACUAUAUGAUUUUACGGAGAAUAUAUUGAGUUUGAUAUUGGUUCUUGCUAGUGGAGAUGAGUCAAUGUACGACUCAGUGCUCAGCAAGAUUGACCCUAUACUUGACUUUGUUUUGAAAAUCAUUGAUGGACACAUUAAUAGAGGCUUGAGAGUUACAAACAAAUUAUUCGACGCAUUGUUGGAGUUUAUUUAUGAAUUCUCUACUGAGUCUGUUGAGUUUGUCGAAAAGUUGGAAAGAUUUGAACAUUGGGAUAAAUUGAUAUCUUUUGUGAAUGAGUCAACCAGCAGUUUGGCAAAAGUUUACGUCGAAGGUAUCAAGUUCAAUAAUUAUGAAGUGUUGGAGUCAAUUCACGCUAAUAAGCAAGUCGUGUUAGGAGAGAUCUUGCACAAUGUGUUUGCCAUUGUAACCAGCACCGAUUUGCAAAAACUUCAGGAACGCAUCGAGUCCAUCGCACAUCCAAACAAUGCCAAUGAGCCAAUUAAGAAGGACGCAAACACAUUGGAAAAAGAUUUAUCAGGGGGAAAUGAAACCAAGGCAGAAACCAAAAGAGAUUUAUCAACUAUUGAGAUUGGCUUGAGUAUUAUUACUGCAGUGCUCGAAUACUUGUCAAUUAGCGAAGACGCCCCAGAGAAAGCUCUCAAUUUGUCAGGGACUUUGCAAACGGUGUUGUUUGAACAGAUAGAGCCAAUGUUGGUUCAACUUUUCAAGUUUGAAUUGAAGGCAAAUAUUUUGCAAUUGGGAGAGCAAAUUGUUGGUGCGAUUAACAACUUUUCCUGGCUUAUAUUGAGUAGUGAGCACCUUCCAGUCUCUUGGUUUGAGAAAUCAUUGCAGUUGUGGGAUAUAAUACUAUCGAUUCAAGAUGAGAACCUACAGCUUGAAAGUUUGGGCAUCCUUUGGGCAAUUGUAAAGAGUUUGGGCCCACAAAUUGUCGACAAAAUACCUCCCGAAUUUAUUUCAAGACUUCAGCAAGUACAAGCAAACAAUGGCAAUGCAAAUGCAUUCUUGAACGUUAUUGGUUUAUUGGGAUCUAUUGCCCCAAUUGUCAACAACAUCGAGAUCACUUUUGAGAUUUCCCAAUUUUUAAUCAAUUCAUUAAAAGCUGCUUGUCACGAGCCUCAAAGCGCAAGAAAUUUGGAAGUUAUUAUUGAGUCAUUAAAUGCCAUUUAUGAUAUUUUUGGAGAUAAAGACUUUGAUUAUGAUUAUCCAAUCUUUGUACAACACAAUUAUUUGACGUUAUUGAGAGACUUUGAGCCUAGGAUCAAGGAAAUCUACAAAAGGGUUGACAAAAGUAAACAGCCACACAUGAAGGUGAAAAUGGAAGAGACAUGGAUAAAUUUGGACAGAUUUAUACAGUAUAAAGCCAGUGAAAGGGAGUAA